CUUCUCCCAAUGCUUCUCCUACGACGAGGGCCAUGUCUGCUGUCCUCGAGUCUCCGGUGCGGUAGCUUGUCAACCACCUUCAUCCGGCGCAAUUCCUCCUUUCCAUCCCACCAAUUCGCCCAACUCGCCAGUCGCGACGCCUCGAAACACCAAAUCUACCAAUCGCUCUCCUCAGAUCCCUACGUGAACCUCUCCAUUGAACACUUCCUCCUUGAAAAUGCUCCCGCAGACUCAAGUAUCCUUUUCCUCUACAUAAACCGCCCAUGUGUUGUCAUCGGACGCAACCAGAACCCAUGGCUCGAAACCAACCUGCGCGCAAUUCAGAAUGACCGGGUGAAAGAUCCAGAAGGGAUUAACCAGGAUGGUGAAGAUGUGCUAUAUGUCCGACGGAGGUCUGGCGGAGGUGCAGUGUAUCAUGAUGAAGGGAACCUGAACUACAGUGUCAUCUCUCCGCGGACGACAUUUACACGGAACAAGCAUGCGGAGAUGGUGGUGCACGCGCUGCAUCGCAUCGGGGCAACAAAUACCAAUGUCAACGAUCGCCAUGAUAUAGUCAUGUCGCUGUCGCAGGAGCUGCGGCAGUUGUUUGGCGGGACUCCCACUGGUUUCAAUCCAGAUACACCAAGGAAGAUCUCUGGUUCAGCGUUCAAACUGACAAAGAACCGAGCCCUGCACCACGGAACCUGCCUGUUAGAUUCUCCAAAUAUUGCGGAUCUUGGCUCGUUUUUGCGGUCACCUGCGCGGGACUAUAUCAAAGCUAAGGGUGUUGAGAGUGUCCGGUCACCGGUUGCGAAUGUCUCGACGAUGUUUGCCGAUGCUCUUAUGCCAUUUUCGAUACAGGAUACGAUUGAGAACAUCAUGGAGGAGUUUGCGCAAUUGUAUGAUGUCAGACCUGAGGCUGUUCAUCGGGCUACACGGGCUCAUGCGAAUGACUUGGAACUAUACGCGGGUGAUGACUGGGUUGCAGGAGCUGUAGGAGAGGCUCAAGCAGAGGAACCUGGUAUCAAGAAGGGGGUUGAUGAGCUACGGUCACUGGAUUGGAAGUACAUCCAAACACCGCAGUUCACCUUCUCAACAUUUCCCAUCGAAGAGGAUCCCCGCGAAAGACCACUGCUACCUCCUUCUCUUCCUCCUUCAACUCGUGCAUUCCUCCGCUGCAAACAUGGUGCGAUAAUCGAAAGCCACAUUUCAGUCUCGUCAGAUGAGACCGUCGCAUCUGAGCAAGCACGCCAAGUGCAUGAAGUACUGAAUGGUCGUAAACUACACGAACUCCAGUUGGGAGAUUUGCAUGGUACUCUAAGCCGGGUGAAUCCGGCUAUGGAUGCUAAUGUCGUACGAGAGCUUACGAUGUUUCUUGGGAGGAAUUGGGGCUGUUGUUGAGUUGACUAUGGCCUUUAAAUCCGUACGAUUGUGAUAUCAUAUCUUAACUUUUAGCACAUUCAACUCUGUAUUUACGUCGACGAAGUAGACUUGGGCAUCUGGGCCCGUUACGCAGGCACCUAGAUUGCUGCCUCAAUUCUGGUAGUCGCCUGCUUGCUGACUAGCUCUGCCAACUCCCGUUGAGAUGACUGCGAAAUACACUAACCACCAAGAUGGACUU